UCACUGAAGGAGUAGAUGAUUUGUUUAAAGCAGCAACAAUAUGAAUGUUAAAGUUCUCACUGCACUUUUGAUUCUGGCAGUAGCCACGAUUGUGGCUCUGGUAAGUGUCCUUUUGCUUGGAUCUAAAAGAAAAUCCUGUAGUUUUGAAAUUCGGAAAAAUUCACUUUUCAAGCACAAUGACAAGAGCUUGGUCUUUGCAGAUCUGACAUCUGAUGAACUUUCCCAAGUGGUAGAAUACCUCAGAAAGAAUCUCAGUGAAGAUCUAGUAGACAUCUCCAAAGCCAACCCUGGCUCCAAUUCCAUAUAUUCUGUGGAACUGCUACAACCCAAAAAAAAAGAUGUCUUAUUGUAUUUGGAUAAAGGAGGACCCAAGCCCAAAAGAGAAGCACUGGCUGUAGUUUUUUUGGGGGGACAACAGGAUCCUGAAAUUAAAGAAUAUGUAGUGGGACCUCUCCCUAACCCUACAUACAAAAAGGAUGUUACUCUUCAAAAAUACAAAACCAAACUUCCUUAUAACCGUAGACCUGUAAUCGGCAAUGAGUACAAACAGAUACAGAAGUAUUUGCUUUUCAAAGAGUUCCCCAAAGCAAAAAGUUUCCUAAAGGAAGUGCUUUACCAUAAUGAAUCCGACAGCGAUUAUUUUGCCUUUCUGACCAGUGCUCCACGAGGCUAUAUUUCUGGAGAUCGAAGCACCUGGUUUGGUAUUUUCUUAAAUACAUAUGGAAGUGGAUAUUUUCUACACCCAGUUGGGUUGGAGCUAUUGGUGAAUCACAAAAAUCUAGAUGUAAAUAAGUGGCAUUUGGAAAAAGUUUUUUAUAAUGGUAAAUACUUUGAAAGCAUGUCUGAUUUGGGAGAGCAAUACAAGAGAGAGGAGUUGAAGACAGUUAAGAUGAAAAAGCCUGAUCUUCAAAAUGAUAUUGCUUCUCUAAAACCUGUAAAACGGUCAAACUUUGAUAUCCCCAUGCAGUAUGAGCCACAAGGUGCUCGUUAUAGUGUCAAAAACAACCAGGUGUUGUUCCAGCACUGGAGCUUUGCAUUUGGAGUUAAUUGUAACACAGGACUCAGGUUAUAUGAUGUUAAAUUCAAGGGGGAGAGGAUACUCUAUGAGCUUAGUAUCCAAGAAGCCAUUUCAGUUUAUGGUUCCAAUGCUCCAACUGGAAUGUCAACAAGAUACAUGGAUGGGCACUUUGGCAUUGGCCGUUCUAUCUACCAGCUGGUUCGUGGGAUUGACUGUCCUUAUUAUUCUACAUAUAUUGACACCCAUUAUUUGCUUGAUUCAGAUAAGUGGGUUCUCAACAAAGGUUCCAUCUGCGUCUUUGAACUCAACUCUGGUAUUCCUUUAAGACGCCACUUCUCAUCUUUAGGUUCUGCUUACUAUGGUGGCUUGCCCAACACCGUCCUUGUCAUAAGAACAAUUGCAACACUGGGAAACUACGAUUAUGUUUUUGACUUCAUAUUCUAUCAAAAUGGUGCUAUUGAGUCCAAAGUCCAUGCAACAGGAUAUAUAAGUACAUCUUUCUUUAUGGAUGGAGGAACAGAACAUGGACACAAAGUGGGGCCCCACACACUGGGGACAAUCCACAACCAUUUUAUAAAUUACAAGGUGGACCUUGAUGUUGGAGGAUUAAAUAAUUCUCUGGUGGCUCACGACAUGGAGUUUCAGGAUGUAACAGUUCCAUGGAAUCCUAAUUGGAAAUUACAACAAACAAAACUAACCAAGAAAGUUCUGAAGUCUGAGAACAGUGCUGCAUUUAAGCUGCAUGACCCCAUGCCUCGAUAUAUCCAGUUUGCGAGCAAAAAUAAGAAUAAGUGGGAUCAUGAGCGUUCCUAUAGAAUCCAGGUGGUUUCUUUUGCAGGAGAUUAUCUUCCAGAGAAGAGUGGCAUCCACAAUUCAAUGAACUGGGCUAAGUACAAGUUGGCUGUAACUAAAUACAAAGAUGAAGAGCAAAGGAGCAGCAGCACCUUCAACCAAAAUGAUCCAUGGUCACCAAGUGUCCAAUUCUCUAACUUUAUUGAUGAUGAAAAUAUUAAAGAUGAGGACUUGGUGGCUUGGAUUACAACUGGAUUCCUACACAUCCCCCAUGCAGAGGACAUCCCAAAUACAGUGACUGCUGGAAAUGCAGUGGGCUUUUACCUCCGACCUUACAACUAUUUUAAUGAAGACCCUUCAGUCCAUUCUGAGGAUGCUGUGUAUUUUCUGCCACAUGAGGUCGACUCAUGUGAUGUCAAUCCAUUAGUGUGUUUAUCUGAAAGUGUCUCAUGUGCUCCCAAAGUGCCCGCUUUUACCUACAAUGGGUUUGAAAACACCUAUAUUGUACUAUAGAAAAACUGACUUUUCAUGUGGCUGUAGACUGAAUGAUCAUUAUCAGUGCCCAACUUUAUUGGGCGAUACAAUCAUUAAACAGUUGUCUGCUACAGUUCUUCCAUCAAAUGCCAUCAUGAAAAAGCAGUUUUAACUUCUAUCUGUUUUUUUGGUAACAACAGAGGUUUCUUCGUGAAUAUUCCGGAAUACCUCGGCAGACUGCCAUUUCCAUCAUUCAGAGUUAUCUAUAAUGCCAUAAGAAAAUUGGAUAUGAUACACAACAGGACAAGACAUAUGGAUGGUUCAGAGUAAAAGUGAACCAAGUCCAUAGGAGUACAUUUUGAGAAAUUGACCACAAAGAUGAAUAAUUGUAAUUAACAAUUAGUUUAAUUAUUUUUACAUAGUACCAUGCUUAAAAUAAAAAUAUUAUGCUUCCACUGUACCAUGGCAGUGUUAAAACUAAAUGGGAAAAAAUGAAUUUGGGUUACUAUAACUUUAACAUCCCACAUUCUUUUGACACUAAGUCCUACCCCUUGCUUUAGCUAGCAGACUCAGCAACAGUCACUCACGCAUGUGUGUGGGAAAAUUGGAGACCUGGCCAUAUGACACAUGAGUCUGUUAUUGUGGUCUGAAGAUGACUGUAUACUGAAACUUACAGCAGUAAUUGACUGAGCACAUUUGUUAACAUCCCAAUAAAGUUUCUAUCAACUUCACAAAAGUCAUUAUAAUCAUUGCCUAAUAUUCCAGCGGAAGUACCCAUCCUAUAAUUAUAGCUAUCCCAACCCAAGUCAAAGCAUCACUGAUAUGCCUGACAAAAGCCCCCGUAGGUGGAGUUCUCUUUAAAUAUUAACUGGGUAGAGCUAUUGUAUAAGUGGAAGUGAUCUUAAAUUGAAUAAAUGGGAUUAUAAACAAAUUAAGCAUAUUAGUUAUAAGAUAGGGAAGCAAAUGAUGAGUUGAGUAGGAAGGGCCACAUUUGUAUGGUGACACUAGAGACAAUAGAUUUUGUUGUCUUACAGGGUACAUGCAUCAUGCUUAGGGUUACCGUACUAUUCCUUUAAACCGGAAUACGUAUGAAUUACACAGGUUCUGUGGCUGAUAAAACCAGGUGAAAUGCAGGCUUGUAGUCAGCCAGCCACAUAUGUGUAAUUCAGGAAUGCCCCAGAUUAAAGGGGUGUGGUAUGAUUGGUUGGCUGUCGGGAUACCGGCGCUCAGCAUACCGGCGCUAGGAUCCUGACCGCCGGAAUCCCGACCGCCGGAAUGCCGGCAGUGGGGCGAGUCCAAAAGAGCCCCUUGCGGGCUCACCACUCUGUGGGCAAGGUGGCGUGACUCUCCCUCCAGGGGUGCCGUUGACACCCCAAAAGGGAGGAUAGUUACUGGCAUUCCGGCGGUCAGGAUCCCGGCGCUGGUAUGCUGCGCGCCGUGAUCCCGACAGCUGGCCAGUCAAGUGCCACCCGUUUAAAGCAAUAGUAUGGUAAGCCUAGUUAAGCUAGCAGCAAAGGUGGCUGAAAACGGGUCUGUUUUAAGGGAUUUGCUUUCGCCUGCCUGAGGCAAUUAGCCGGCUUAUUGGGGCUAAUUGGAGAACCCCCAGUGAAACAAUUACCCAUGAGCAAUGAUCGUGGGUAAUUGAAUUCCCCCUUAUACUGGAAAUAUUUAUAUUUUAUCUUGCUGAUAAUGCAAGAAUACCCCAUGUACAAAAUAUUUUUCUGCAGCGGGGUACACUGGUAUUCCACAGGGAACAACAUCGGUGGUGUAGAGUUGGAUCUUGAUCCGAGGUACCAACAGACUAAAGCAGGCAUGUACAAACUGUGGCCCUCCAGCUGUUGUGAAACUACAUAUCCCAGCAUGCGCUGACACAGUUUUGCUGUCAGAGAAUGCUAAAGCUGUGUCAGGGCAUGCUGGGAUGUGUAGUUUCUCAACAGCUGAAGGGCCGCAGUUUGGACAUGCCUGGGCUAAAGCUUUAACUGUUCCCAAGAUGCACUGCACCGCAUCCUCUAUAUCCCCACCUCCAGGCACCGGAGCUCAGUUUGUAAGUUGGUACCUGCAGUGCAGGCAGCUAACAGGGAGGGCUGCGCUAGACAGCCCUGAAAAGAGCUUUUUUGACAAGAAAGAAGACUUCAAGGGCCGCAGCAUAGGCACUUGGUGCUAUAUGUCAUACUGACAUAUCGUGUUGCAGCUCCCUCACCUCCCCCAGCGGUACUGUAUACUCCUGCACCCUGGUUGCUAGGUACUUACAGCAGAGGCGCUCCCGUCUCAUCAGGCACAUAUACCGCCGCUGCUCUCCAGGAUUGCAUGGCUGCACGAUAGGGAGGAGGUAAGAGGGUCUCCCAGGUAGGACCCGCCGAAAUUGCGAUCCGGUUGCGGCCUCCAGAGACGGACCACGCCGCUGGUGUGGACACUGUGGCCAUGCAGGGACCCCACUAUAUCCACCAGGGCAAGGAGUACAGGUCGGAUUUACUAAAAUCUGUUUAGUAUAGGCUCCAUAGUACCCGGUGGUGAAAAUUGGCAGGAAAGGGGCGUUUCUGGGAGGUUACUGAGCGUUUUCCGGGAGUGUGCUAAAAAACGCAAGCAUGCCAGGGAAAAACGCAGGAGUGGCUGGAGAAACGGGUGAGUGGCUGGCCGAACGCAGGGCGUGUUUGUGACGUCAAACCAGGAACUAAACGGACUGAGGUGAUCGCAAUCUAGGAGUAGGUCUGGAGCUACUCAGAAACUGCAAGGAAAAUAUUUAGUAGCAGUUCUGCUAAUCUUUCGUUCGCUAUUCUGCUAAGCUAAGAUACACUCCCAGGGGGCGGCGGCCUAGCGUUUGCAAUGCUACUAAAAGCAGCUAGCAAGCGAACAACUCGGAAUGAGGGCCAUUGUCCCUGUUGUAAAUUCACCAUGGGUGGAUUCUCUGUCAGCUCAGUUACAGCAGUUAAAUCAGUCCUUGGUUAAACAAAAGCCUGACCCUCGCCCCACUAGGACCAAAGGGUCAUCUAAGUGGGCAAUUUCUUCCUCACAAUCCACGCAUGUUUCAGAUACUUCAUCCGAUGAAGAUGGCGUAUAUACUGACUCAUCAGACACCGAUGCAGAUGCUUCUGAUGGGGAAUAUACAACAUAGGUGGAUGUUCCUGACCUCUUGGAGGCUAUCAAACUGAUUAUUCAGAUUGAUGAUGAAACUGAACCACCAGAUUAGUGAUGAGCGGAUUCGGUUUUACUCGGUUCUCAAAACGGCAUCUUAUUGGCUAUCCAAAACACAUGACAUCCGUGAGCCAAUAAAAUGCCGUUUUGAGAACCGAGUAAAACCGAGUAAAACCGAAUACGCUUAUCACUACACCAGAUACGUCUAAGAAACCUGAUAAGUUCAAACGUCAGAAGGUUACUAAAUUAGUUUUGCCACAUUCUGACCAUUUUGUUGACAUACGUCAGGAAUCUUGGGAGUCUCCAGGAAAGAAAUUCUCCCUGUCUAAAAAGAUGCUAGCUCCUAAUCCCCUUGCUGCAGAGUUAAGUAAAAAUUGGGAAACACCACCUCCGGUGGACUCACAUGUUGCACGUUAGGUGGUGUCUUCUACUCUGCCUGUCACUACCAUCACCUCUUUGAAAGAAAUGACGGAUAAGCGUGUGGAGGGUUGCCUGAAGUCUAUUUACACUCUUGCGGGUGCUGUGCAUAGAUCUACCAUAGCGGCUUCUUGGGCUGCAAAAGCUAUUGAAGCCUGGGUUCAAGAAGUUGAAACGGAGCUACCUCUCUGAUGCCGGUGUGCUGACAGCCAAAGCAUCUACUACGUCCAUUCUGGCUUGCCAGAUUCUGUGGUUGCGGUACUGGUCUGUGGAUCUGGACUCUAAAAAGACCUUGGAGGUGAUCCCUUUUAAAGGGAAACAUCCUUUUUGGGGAAUAUCUGAACAAGCUUGUUGCAUACUUAGCGUCUGCUAAAACUGCAUGUCUGCCUAGUACUAAUCCUUUGGCUCCGAAAGCUAAAAGUACCACCUUUCAUUCCUUUCGACCUCCAAGUAAAGCAAAGGGUCAGGCGUACCCGAAACAGGCUUGCACUUCCAAAACCUCUAAGCCCAAACCUAAACGUUACUGGGCUGCCCUUCAGCCUGAUUCCAAACCAGACAAGUCUGCUGCAUGAUGGGGCGGCCUCCCUCUGUGGGACCCCAGGGUGGGAGGCCGACUUCUGCGGUUCGCCCAGGUAUGGUUACAGACCACUUCAGAUGCCUGGGUGAGGGAAGACGUCACGCAUGGAUACACCAUCUCUUUCAAAAAACGUCCCCCUCGCCAGUUUUGCUCGAAAAAUAUCCCUUCGGAUCCAUUAAAAGCAAAAACUCUACAUUUGGUGGUACAAUCCCUCCUGGAAACAGGAGUGAUAAUGCCAGUGCCUCUGGCUCAGAGAGGCAGGGGGUACUAUUCAACGCUGUUCCUAGAUCCAAAACCGAAUGGAACCUCACGACCCAUUCUCAACCUCAAGUCUUUGAACAAAUUUGUGAAGGUUUCCAAAUUCCGUAUGGAAACUCUUCGCUCUAUUGUUCUGGCCUUGGAGCCCAAGGACUAUAUGGUAUCCCUGGACAUUCAGGAUGCUUACCUACAUAUACCUAUUGCCAUGUCGCAUUAGCAAUAUCUGUGGUUUGCUACUACAUUAUUUGCUACCUACAUUAUCAAUUCCAGGCCUUGCCUUUUGGACUGACCACAGCUCCAUGAAUCUUCAUCAAGAACAUGGCGGUCAUGAUGGCCCUUCUACGUCAUCAGGGUAUCAGGAUCCUGCUGUAUCUGGAUGACUUGUUGAUCCUGGCAAACUCCCCAGAGGUUCUCCUCCGUCAUCUGGAACUGAUGGUCCAAUUCCUGCAAGCCCACGGGUGGCUCAUCAACUGGAAGAAAUCCUCGCUGGUUCCUGCUCAGAGCAUGGUACACCUGGGGGCAUUACUGGACAUACACAACUAACGGUUGUUCUUAUCUCCGGAGAAGGUCCUGAAACUUCAGGACAGGAUACGAUGCUUCCACUUUCGCCAUCGUGUAUCGAUACACUCAGCGAUGCAAGUACUAGGCCCCAUGGUGUCGGCUUUCGACAUGGUAGAGUACACUCAAUUUCAUUCUCCCCUUCUGCAGAGGUUAAUCCUUUCCAAGUGGGACGGCCUGCCUCUCCAGAUCAGGUCUAACAUGAUUUCCUUGACUCCGGAAGUUCGUUGUCUCUGAGCUGGUGGCUCCAGAACCAACAAUUGAGCAGGGGUCGUCCCUUCUCGAUCUCCAACUGGGUCCUCCUAACGACGGUUGCCAGUCUGCGGGGUUGGGGCGUGGUGUUGGAGCAUCACUCUCUUCCGGGUCGGUGGACCAGGGAGGAAUCUCUCCUUCCAAUAAACAUUCUGGAGUUGCGGGCAGUGUUCAAUGCUCUGAAACUGGCCCUGCCUCUGGUACAGAACAGGCCUGUUCAAGUACAAUCAGACAACGCCACCACGGUGGUGUACAUAAAUCAUCAAGGCGGCACUCAAAGCUGUAUGGCAAUAAUGGAAGUGUCAAAGAUUCUUCUAUGGGCGGAACUCCAUCUGCCAACCAUAUUGGCAGUGUUCAUUCUGGGGGUCCUCAACUGGGAAGCGGACUUCCUCAGUCAUCAGGACGUACACAGUCUUUCAACUCCUAGUAGACAAGUGGGGCCUACUAGAUGUAGACCUGAUGGCAUCUCGACACAAUAACAAGGUUCCGGUCUUCAGAUCACGGACAAAGGAUCCUCAAGCAGCAUUCGUGGAUGCCCUGGCAAUUCCAUGGAACUUUCGGCUGCUGUACGUGUUCCCUCCGGUGUCACUUCUGCCCAGGGUGAAAAAGAAGCGUGGCCCAGGCGGCAUUGGUUAUCAGACCUGCAGGGUCUCUCAACAGACCAUCCUCUUCUACUUCCGCAAAGCCCAGACCUCCUCGUUCAGGGCCCUUUUGUCUACCAGGAUCUGGCCCGACUGGCAUUGAUGGCGUGGCUCUUGAAGCUUCAGUUCUGAGGGCCAAAGGUUUUUCUGAGGCGGUCAUUCAAACUAUGUUGAAAGUCCGUAAACCGGCUUCAGCUCGGAUUUAUUAUAGGGUCUGGAAUUCUUACUUCACCUGGUGUGCGGCUAAAAAUUAUGAUGCAUACAAGUUCAGUACUGUCAAACUUUUGGCUUUUCUGCAACAGGGCCUGGACUUAGGCCUUCAUCUGGCCUCCCUCAAGGUUCAUAUUUCAGCCUUGUCGGUAUGGUUUCAGAGAAAAAUUGCGACUUUGCCUGACGUUCAUACUUUCACUCAGGGUGUUUUACGGAUUCAAUCUCCCUAUGUUUCUCCUGUGGCUCCUUGGGAUUUGUCGGUUGUUCUGAAUGCCCUACAAGAGUCUCCGUUUGAACCUCUUGAGUCUGAGAACCUUAAAUGGCUUACGCUUAAGGUUUUAUUUUUGCUGGCUAUUGCCUCUGCUAGAAAGGUUUCAGACUUGGGUGCCUUAUCCUGUCGGUCACCCUUUCUGAUAUUUCACCGUGACCGUGCGGUUCUUAGAACUCGCCCUGGUUAUCUGUCUAAGGUAGUGUCGUCUUUCCACCUUAUCCAAGAGAUCGUGGUUCCGGCCUUUAUUUCUCCUGGUUUGUCCUCCAAAGAACGGUCUUUGGAUGUGGUAUCGGCUCUCCGUAUAUAUGUGAAGAGAACCCCCUCUCUUAGGAGAUCUGAUUCUAUCUUUGUCCUUUUUGGUUUUCACAAUGUGGCUGGCCUGCAAAUAAGCAGACCAUGGCCAGAUGGAUUAGAAUGGUGAUUGCACAAGCUUAUGUACAGGUGUGUCCCUUCCCACGAGGAACUGCUUUAGGACAUCCCUGAUGUAUUCCCUGUGGAAUCCCAGUGUACCCCACUGCAGAAAAGGAGAUUUAUGGUAAGACUUACCAUUGUUAAAUCUCUUUCUGCGAGGUACACUGGAUUCCAUGGGGCGCACACCCUGAUGCCCUUGGCUUCUUUGGGUUUGUAUGGCAUUAGCCUCUGCUACCUUCUGCUGUCGUGAGAAUGUGGUUAUAUGUGGCUACUAACUACUGUCGUGUCUUUAACCUGCUACUGCAUUGGACUGGUUAACAAAACUGAGCCCCAGUGCCUGGAGGCGGGGAUAUAGAGGAGGCAGUGCAGUGCAUCUUGGGAACAGUCAAAGCUUUAGCUUGUUGGUGCCGCGGAUUAAGAUCCAACUCUACACCCCCAAUGUUUUUCCCUGUUGAAUACAGUGUACAUCGCAGAAAGAGAUUUAACAAUAGUAUGUCUUACCAUAAAUCUCCUUUUUUCUCUUUUAAAUCAACAGUUAAAAGUUAACAAAACUUAGUUGUUCACCAUAAUAUCCAAACAGAUAACACUACCCUGUAUGGUCUAAGCCAGGCAUUCCCAACCACGGUCCUCAAGGCACACCAACAGUGCAGGUUUUAGUUAUAGCCAGGCUUGAACACAGGUGACUUAAUUAGUACCCUAGUUAUUUUGAUUUAACCAUCUGUGCUGAAGCCUGGAUAUCACUAAAACCUGCACUGUUGGUGUGCCUUGAGGACCGUGGUUGGGAAUGCCUGGUCUAAGCAGAGGGAACAAUACCAUGUUUCAAUAGGAAUAUAAUUAUCUUCUAAGUACUGUUAUAAAAAUAAUAAAGUCUGAUCUGACAAACA